GUGGAAAUUUGUCAAUCUGUGGCAUCAAUUUAUUUUGAUUGACGUUUCGUAAAAUGAUUUAUUUUUGUAUCGAAAACCUGCUCUUCGAUUUAUCUAAAUAAGUUAACUCAGACGCACGGAGUAUUCAUUUCGUUAAUUAGUCUUCCAUAAGAGUAUCUACAAUGAUUAUAUCGCGGUCUAAGCACCGCUCUUCGGUGGAAGUGUGUGCGGAUUGCGGUGCAUCAGAUCCGUCAUGGGCUUCGAUAAACCGUGGGCUGCUGCUGUGUGCCGAAUGCUGUAGUGUCCACCGUAGUAUGGGAAGACACAUUUCUCAUGUUAAAUCCCUGCGCCAGGGAUCCUGGCCACCGUCGCUAUUGGCUAUGGUGCAAGCACUGACAGCUCAGAACGUGAACUGCAUCUGGGAACAUUCCUUACUGGACACUUCAGCCCCAAAACACCUUCGCAAGAAACCUCAACCUAAAGACCCACUACACCCAGUGAAGUCAGAGUUCAUUCUUGCAAAGCACCUAAGGCUGGCAUAUGUGCUGAGAGCCAGAAGAGAUGAGCCACCUAGUGAGCUUGGCAGACAGUUGCACAGUGCCGUCAGGAGCUCUUCAUUGGACACAGCUAUGAGGCUUUUGGCUCAGGGAGCUGAUCCAAACUACUACAACCAGGAGAAGGGCACGACAUGCCUGCAUGUGGCCUGUCGCGCGGGUCAACCAGCUCAGGCAGAACUGCUGGUGGCAUGGGGCGCUGAGCCCACCGCACGCGAUCACUCUGGGAACAUGCCUGCAGACUGCGCCAGACAGGGCGGUCACACAGAGCUAGCAGAUCGUAUGACAGAACUAGUGUAUGAGGCUACUGACCGUAUGAUAUACUUCCUGACGGGCGAGAAGCCAGACCAUGCGUCCGGGAGACACUACAUCGUGCCGCGAGCACACGACACGCAUGAGAUGACUGAUGUCGCGAAGGCCGCCAGGGGCAAGCUGCAGUUGCUACCAAAUCAUUUAUUCGAAGAACUCGUUAUGGACAUAUACGACGAAAUCGAUCGCAGAGAAACAGAAGCCAUCUGGCAGACAAGUGCGACGGGUUUAGAGAGGUCUGGCGUGGUGUUCCUGCCGGUAAACCCUGCAUUAUCAGCGCCCCGCAACCAGGGCAGACAGAAGCUGGCCAGACUGUCUACUGCUGAGAUGGCCACCUUACUGCGAGACGUACUCGUAGAUGCUACUAGGCGACAGCAUAUUGCCACGUUACAGCCGCGAGCUCCCACGACCUUGAUGAACCCGCUACUGUCAGCGAGCCACUUGAAGCACUUCUCGCAGAUGUCCGACGACGAGCCGCUGUACGACUCGGUAGCCUCCGACGAAGACUACGCUGCUUUAGCACCCAUAGACUUAGAUUUAUCGAGCGUGGUGCCCCGCGCGGGUGAGACAGUGUCGUCCACGUACAACCCGUCCCUGCCGCUGGAGCACUCGUCCAUCAUGGACAUGCGCCGCACUCAGUCCCCCAGCAACUUCACACACUCCGCCAUCCCCGAACAAACCACGGAAAUAGAAACAUUGAAGAAAGAAAUACACACUAAGGACUCCACCAUCACUGAACUCAAGAAUCAACUGAAGAGCUUACAAACUAUUGUGGAACAACUCACCAAGGAAAACAGUGUUCUCAAAACGACCAGUAGCGUGGAUGAUGAUCAGAGUAUGACGUCACAGAUGUCGAUAAAUGACAGCUCUAGUAACGCUCUAGAGUCCUCCAAAGCGCAAGAGAGAGGCAAAAGUCUCGAGACAGAGCAUUUCACUCGGCCGGAGGAGGUCGAUGGCAAGUUGUUGAAGGCCGCGCAGCGACCGGUCAGUAUGUAUGAGACUAGAGAGGGACCAAAGAAUAACUGGCAGGUUACUAAACACCAGUUGACGACGCUGUCGAGCCUGGAGCGGUCGCUGUCCCCGCUGUCGCUGGGCGCGGAGUGCGCGGAACAGGGCCUGCCGCCGGCCGAGCUGGUGCAGCGCCGCGCCGAGGCCGUGACGCGCGCCAUCGCCGACCUGUGGGCCGCCGCGCGCGACCAGCACCCGCGUCUGCAGCAGCGCGGGGACGCCAUCCGACACGCCGUGCGGGCCCUACUCGCACUCUUCCCACAGACGAACCUAGACGCGGAGCUGUCGCUAGUGCUGGGCUCGCUGCGCGCGGCGUGCUCGGAGGUGUCGGUGGCGUGCUCUGCGCCGUCGCCGCUGAACGAGGUGCGCGCCGCGGCCUACGACCUGGCCAAGGCCACCAAACUGCUCGUCACCCACUUCCAGCCCGACUCAUAGCGAUCGCCUCUCUGCUACUACACCACCGUGUAGGGCUCAAGACUCAGUAUUCUUCAACGUAGUGUAUAAGUGACUCAAAGUGUUCGUGCUAUUAUUUUUGUGCUACAGUUAUACAAACAAGUGUUAGAAUAUUCUAUUAAUUAGUAGUGUGACGUCGUCCCUUUGUCGUCGGCUAGUGUUCAUUUGCGUACGAGGUGCUGAAUUAGUUCCGAAAGGAAACUGCAUUUGGAGCAUUUUUGAAAGUUCAAGACAAAAUCAAUACAUGCCUGCAUUAGAUUGUAGCGAAUAAAGUCACGUGUUUGACUUACAUACAAUAUAAAUAAUAUUUCUAGUUAUAAAAUUGAAAGUUUAAAGUAAUUUAUUAGAUGAUCAGUUGUCUUCCUUUAAGUCGGUUGUAUAUCGCAGCUCAAUGCCACCGCAGCUAAGAUAAACCACAAUAUAAUUGUAAGUAUGCGUGGCAAAUCACAAAUUCGUUAUUAAAAAAGACUAACUUUUUGAGUUUUCAUGUUUAUAAUAAUAAUUAAUUAUUAAUAGCUUCAAAAUUAUUGUGGAGUAUAACGCGAGAAUUACAAAUAAUGCAAUAUAAUGUAAUUAGUGUAUAUGACAAUUAUACUAAUGGUUGUAGGAUAAGCAAAGAUCAAGAGGUAGUGAUCAUUGCGUGGAUCGUCGGUAUAUUCACGCUAAAGUCGAUAUAAGUAGUUACAAAACUCGAGGCUAGCCCAUGGUACUAUGCAUGUGUUUCUUAUACACGAACAUGAGGUUAAUUCGCGUCUUCGAUUGACCUACUAUGUGAAGCUUUAUAAUAAUUCUCCAACAAACAAAUGGACAGUAUAUUUAUAAUAAGUAAUUAUAUGAUCUCGAGAACUGACAAAAUAUAAUACAAUUAAUAUGCAAAUUAUUAAAUGUUGGAAGGUCACGUCAUGUCAAGAGCAAUUUAUUUGAAGCGAAAUAUCUAGACUUUAUUAAAAUGUUAUUAAUUAGUAAUUCGUAAUGACAGAAUAUUACAAAACGCUUCAUGCUUUUGAUGUCUUAUAUUAUAUGUAUUUAUGUACAAAUGCGGCGCUUAUUAGCUAGAACAAAUAUAUCAAAAUAAUAAGUUCAAAUAUGUACAAUCUUGUUAAAUUAUCCUCAAGGAAAAUGUGUCAUUUCGACAUUAAUAUUAUAGGAAUGUCGUGAUAAGGCGUAGUGAACGGUGUUAGUGAAGUAUUGUAAUAAAUAAGUAUCGCGAUAUACACAUAAAGGAAGGAAGUAAAUAAGUGUCAGUAUAGCAUUUCGUUAUAAUAAGUGACAAGGUAUUAGACUCAUAUUGUUGUACUGUGCUUACUCGACUGCGUUGCCUAUCCACGAAUAUUUAAUAUAUUUUUUGCUAAAGUCCGUACCUAGGAAAUUAUAAUCGAGCGUUAGUCCAACCGACUGAAAUUGCGCACUAAAAUAUACGCAGAAUUAGCUGAUUAGCGACGUGAAUUUUCUUUGUCUGUAGUGUGUUAUAGCGCAGUCGAGUUGUUGUUAUAGAACGUACCACGAUGUGAUCAUUCAGUGGUGAACCUAAGUGCCAUGCCCGAGGGCAGUAAACAUUUUCACUUGUUUCCAAUAACUAUCAAUAAAGCUUCUUCAAACUUGGUUACUCUACCGUCACAAAUCUGCAUUUUCUUACACUGUGUCAUUCCAUUCGAUGUGUUCUAUCAUAUAUUGUAAUAUUUCUAGAUGUAUUCAUAAUACUUCCACUUCUUUACAUUCACUUUAUCUUACUACAGUAUUUAUGUUCUAUAUUAAUGUGGACAUGAUGUGGGAGGUCUGUGUUUUAAGAGGGCAAUAUCAAUAUUGAUUAGAUGUUUUGGAUGACUCAUUUACUAUCAUAUCAACAAAUACGACAGGGUUCCCUAAUUUGCUGUACAUUGUUUGUCGUGUAAUUUGCUGUACACGACGACUCCACUUGAGACACAGAGUUCCCAGUAGUCCAGUCCACACCUACCUAGACAGAGGUGCUUGAUACGUAAUAGUUUCUCCCUCCCAGUGCUCCUUGGUACCCAGUACACUUUGAUAACAAAUUGUGCCUAAAAAUUUUAUAUUCAUACAUUUGUUAGAAAUACCUAGAUAAGUUUAUUGGUUGGUAGAUUUUAUAUGAGCGUUUCAUAAUAAUCUAUAUUACGUUGUUAGAUAGGUAUUUACUAUUGUGGUUAUUAUUGUAUGUAUAACAAUAUUAGCUUUCGUACUAUUAAUAUAUUAGGUAUGUUUAAUAUACAUAUGAGUAUUAUGUGAUCACUUUAUGUGCCAAUGUUUAUGUAAAAGACGUAGUAUGUAGUAAGUGGGGAAGCACUAGACGGGAUCCUGUUUCUGUAUUUUUGUACAUAUUUACAAUAUCCCACCAACACUGCAUAGCUUUACUCAAACAAUUGCGACGGCGCCAUUGAGUUGUACAUCAAGCGAGAGACGCCAUGACGGACCGCGACUAAUGCUGUAAUUAGCUGGCACGGCGGCGAUAGCUUCCUCGUUUCGUUUAGUGCUGGUAAUUACACGACGACCUUGAAGAUAUCGCUAAUUUGUUAAUUAUGCCGUGAAAUACUAGAGCCGUUUUUUGUACGUACUCAAGCGGCACCCGAGUAACACGCUGGAUCACAAUAGAAUUAUAAAAUAGUAAAAUAAAAGAUUUAUAUACAAGUUUGUACUACUUAAUCACUGGUUAGAUAUCAGACUAGCUACGGAAACAUGAUCUCAAGCUGAUUCGUAUGAAAUUUAUUGAAAUUUUUAACGUUUAACAUAUUAAAAAUUAUUAUUAUAUUAAUUUUGAAAUCA